AUGAUCUCGGGGUAUCUACAGAGCGCAGUGCUCGCGGGCCUGGAUGGCAAAAAUGGCCUUGCUGCAUGGAGAUGGGUGUUCAUCAUCGACGGCAUCAUCACCAUCAUUGUUGCCAUGUUUGGCCUGUUCUUCUUCCCCGACACGCCGAGCAGCACUUCUGCCUUUUACCUGAACGAGAUAGAGAAGCGACGUUGCGUGGAGCGCAUGGUGGAGGACGAACGGGAGGAGUCCAACAACUUCACCUGGAACUUGUUCCUGCGGGCGGUCAAGUCAUGGCAGCUCUAUGUCUUGACGAUUCUCUGGAUGUUCUGGAACACGACCGUCGGCAAAGUCUCAAACACCGUCAUGCAGCUCUGGCUCAAGUACGACCCAGACCACACCUGGUCCGUCUACCAGGUCAACAACAUUCCCACAGCCAUUAACGGCUGGAACAUCAUCCUCGUCCUGCUGCUCAACAUCUACGUCGACGCCACCGGCUACCGCAUGCGCGCCGUCGCCUUCAACCUGACCAUCAUGGUCUUUGGGACCAUCUGCCUCGUGGUCUGGGACAUCCCACUGGGCCUCAAGAUCGUCUCGUACAUGUUCGCUGGCCUCGACGGGCCUCUGUCGCCCAUCUACUAUGCGUGGGCCAACAUCCUGACGUCAGGGGACGCGCAGGUCCGCGCGCUGGUGCUGGCCAUCAUGAACUCGUGUGGCGCGGCUACCACGACGGUCAUCCAGCAGUUCCUGUACCCAACCACGGACGCGCCGUCGUUUGGGAAGGGGUUCAAGGCCAGCUUGGGGUUUGUCUGUGGAAUGUGCGUGUGGGUUGUCGUGGUGAGGCUGUUUGAGUUGCGGGUCAAGGUGGACAAGGAUUGGCUAAAGUCUCCCUUGUAA